AUGUCACUGCGGGAAGACAAGGACAACCCCGUGGAGGUGUAUCUCUUGGGCACUAGCAUCCAGCCUAAUCACAUGGAAAUUAAGGACAGGAUCAUCAACUCUAACUUUGAGAGAGUGCCUGAGGAGGAGUGGCAGAGCACCAUGGAGCAGGAGGGCAAUUGUGAAGGCCAUGGUACUCACCUGGCAGCUCUGGUCAAUGGCCAGAAUGUUGGCGUGGCCAAGGACAUCAAGAUACACAGCCUGCGUGUGCUCAACUGCCAAGGGAAGGGCACGGUCAGCGGCAUCCUCAUGGGCUUGGAGUUUAUUUGGAAACAGCUGGUCUCCAAUCCCUCCAAGCGCAUGGUAGUGCUGCUGCCCCUGGUGAGUGGGUACAGUAAGAGCAUCAACAAUGCCUGCAAGCUCCUGGCAAGGGCUGGAGCAGUGCUGGUGGCCGCUGCGGGCAACUUUCAGAGCAAUGCCUGUUCCUACUCUCCAGCAUCGUCUCCUGAGGUCAUCACUGUUGGAGCUGUCGAUUCUCAGAUCCAGCCACUCAUCCAGGGUCCUCUAGGGACCAAUUAUGGAUCCUGUGUGGACAUCUUUGCUCCUGGGAAGAACAUUGUCAGUGCCUCCAAAGACUGUAAUGUUUGCUAUGUAACGCAGAGUGGAACUUCGCAGGCGGCUGCCCAUGUGGCUGGCAUUGCAGCCCUGUUGCUCACUGCCCAGCCAAACCUCACUGUGGCUGAGCUGAGGCAGAGGCUGAUCCAUUACUCUAUCAGAAAUGCUAUCAAUGACACCUGGUUCCCCGAGGAGGAGCGAUUCAAGACCCCCAACCUGUUGGCUGCACUGCCCCCCCGCACCCAGGAAACAGGUGAACAGCUGUUCUGCAGGACUGUGUGGUCAGCACCCUGGAACAUCACUCUGGCAGGCCGUGCAGUGGCUGAGUGUGACCCGGAGGAGGAGCUGCUGGGCUGCUCCAGUAUCUCCCAGAGUCGGAAGCGGCUGGGCGAGCGUGUGAGGAUCCUAGGAAAGAGACGCGUUUGCCUGGCAUUUGGAAAUAGCCAGGUUUCUGCGGUGGCCAGAUGCUGCCUGCUCCCCCGAGCCAACUGCAGAGUCUACACAGCUCCUCCAGCCUUGGUGUGGCUGAAGACCUACACCCACUGCCGGGAUCCUGACCAAGUCCUCACAGGAUGCAGCUCCCAUUGGGGGAUACGUAACCCUGGUGUCUCCAAGCAUUCUUCAAGGCAGCAAGUUUAUCAGCCCAGAAAGUGCCUGGGGCACAAGAAGGCCAGUGUUCAUGCUUCCUGCUGCCGUGCUCCGGGCCUGCAGUGUACAACGAAGAAGUACAGGCGUUUCAGUCCCUUGGAGAAGGUCACCGUGAGCUGUGACGCAGGAUGGACCCUGACAAGCUGCAGUGCCCAUCCUGAGACUUCAAUAACCCUGGGAGCUUUUCCUGUGGACAACACAUGUGUGGUGAAGCACCAGAACACUGACAAAAGAGGAAGGGCCAGUAAGGAGUUUAUAAUAGUCACCGCCAUCUGCUGCCGCAUCCAGCUCUCAGGCCAGCCAUAG